AAGGAAUGAUAGUUUCAUCUGACAAAAGUCAUAGCCCCCUCUAGCAUGUCCCCCCAAGUAACUAUGGCAACAGUGCACUCAUCCAUUCCUCAGACACACUCCUCUCUUUGUCCUACUGUGAAAAAUGCUGCUGUUCCAAUGUGAUUGAGGGGUGAGGGAGCGGACAGAAAUGUGGGGGCGCCCUCCCCUCUAUUCAAAGAGCUGGAUAGCCUACCCUAACAGAGACGCACAGUCCUACUUAAACUAGGACACGCGGAUCAGAGAGGAUCAUCGGCUAUUAAGUGAGGAACUGGGCUUGAAGAUUUGAGUGAGCUUAGGGUCGCUUAAAAUAGUUGAAGAUGAGUGCUUCACAGAACAAAAUGCUUUCAAAUUCCUCUGUAUUUACUUUGGUGGAUCCAUGUGUACAGGAAACCUGGUUGGAGAAUGCUCUUCUGUCUGUUUGCUACCUGAUGGGCCUUUUUGUAGGAGGCCUGGGAAACAUCCUAGCUCUCUCACUGUUUGCACGAGAUCGCCAACCCAAAUCACCAUCUGACAUCUUUCUCCUCCAUCUUGCACUUUCAGACCUCUUCCUACUUCUCAGCCUUCCCAACAGACUUUUCUAUCAUCUCUCUGGAAAUAACUGGCCUUUUGGCUCACUGGCUUGUAGACUGUCUGGCUUUGUUUUCUACUUAAACAUGUAUGCCAGUCUUUACUUUUUAGCAGGGAUAAGUAUUGAUAGGUACUUGGCCAUUGUGCACCCUCUCAACUCUGUCAAGAUUAGAAAACCCUUACAUGCUCAUGUUGCAUGUGGCUUUUUGUGGGCUGUUGUUGCAUUUGCUACAGCCCCAUUACUGUUAGGCAGAGGGGCAUCAAUGGAAGAAAAAGUUUGCCGUUUAUUGUAUCGAGAAACACCAUCUUUGAGGGCGCUAUCCUCUCUCAGUGCAGCUUUUGCCAUCCCCUUCUUGGCCACAGUCAUUUGCUAUGGACUUAUUUUAAGGCGUCUUAGAAAAGGAGGUGACAGGAAACCAAAGGAGCGUGCAGUAAAGAUGGUUCUGCUGGUCUUAACAAUAUUCCUGAUCUGCUUUGUUCCUUACCAUCUCAGUCGUACCUUAUACCAUGUUUUGAUGCCUGGUGGUGAAAGCACAGAUGUGUCAUCAUCUUGUGAUUUAAGGCAAGGACUGGCAAUGGCUAACAGAUUUACCUCCUGCCUUAGCACCCUUAAUGCUGCCCUGGAUCCUCUGGUCUAUUUCUUUGCUGUUAAGAAGUUCCGUCAGAGCCUUGCUCAGUUUCCAUGCAGACGGGAUAGGAGAGACAAUGAAAAAAAUCGUGAGGAAGGCCGCACAGAGGACAGUUCACUCAGUGCCAAGACAGAAGUAUAACAAAAAGGUUGCAGAUGACAGCGACAAAAAAUAAUUAAAUCACAAACUGUCAGAUUUUGCCCUUAUACAUCAAAGGAAGAAAAAAAGAAAAAGGCCUGAUUUUUGGGUAGUGAAGGUUGAAAAUCACAUCAUGUGGCAAAUUUUGGAGGUUUAACAAGCUACUAAAUCACUAGUUUUCAGAAAAAGGACAAGUACCACAUUCAGUGUAACGUCAUCCCCAGAGGAGCUGCUGAAUCGAAUGUCUCUAUGUAAUUGGAGAUGACACACCUGGCUCACCCAGCACUUACCGGUACACCUUGGGUGCUUUAACAAUUUGAAUAGCAACAAUCUGCAAAAAGACAACUAGCAUGUCAAAGAGCACACAAGCAACACAGCAAUAUAUUUUGUAUAGAGGGAAUAAUAGCUAAGCACUAGAAAUAAUCUUUUCUAGCAAUAUGCAACUGUAUGUGUAGCCUAUGCUUAGUAUCAAGAGGGAAAACAAGGCUAAUUAUAACUGCCAAACAGUCCCUUUCUCACUGGCAAGUGGUAGAUAAGAUAAGCAAGUUGGCAAGCAGCGUGGGGCCCUUUCAGAAAUAACACGGUCUAGGGAAGAAAGUCAGCUUGCUGAAGUUUGAGCUCUUGUUAGUCCUAUGCUCAUUUCAGAAUCUCUAUGCAUUCACACAGAUUUGGUUUGGUAUAACUUUAGCCAUCAGCAGGGGGGGGGGGAGGCUCUACCAGGCAGUCCAGCCAUACAAGGUGUUCACUGAAUACCUUACACUCUCCCAGGGAGUAGGCUCACAAUUUCCAAGCCAAAGAAAUUAAACAGCAGCUUGUGCCUUGGCUUCCUGGGAGUGUCCUCGGGUGGCAGCCACUCACAACAGGGUCCCAGGAUCUCCAGCGGUGGGGUACCUUACAGAUAGGCAGCUAAGCCCCUGCACACUCCUGCACCUCUUGUCGCGGGUAUCCUGACUCCUCUGCCUCAUCCAGCUCCUCCUUCUCUCUCUUAGAUAGAAUCAUAAAGUGGCUGCCCCCAGUAGUCUCCUUAAAGGUGGCUGCCGCAUUUCUGUAUUAUUGAAUGUUCAAUUAAUGGUCUUCUUGAAGAUGGCUGCUGCAUUUGUUCACAAACAACGGUUCAAUAUAACUCUGUCAAUUCCACAGAAGAAUAAUGCAGAGACAACAGGAGAAAAAGCAAAUGUCUGCAACUAUAGUCUUGGCUACAUCAGCCAAAUCCUAAAUGUAUUUUUUUUUUUUGCAAUAUAAAAGGGUUUGAAAUGGAAACUUAAUUUUACAAAGUCAUGUGAUAUAUCAGUAAUGUUAUAAGUCAUAGAUGCCAAUAGCAAAUAUAUCAUCAUAACAGCCCAUGGGGCAAGAGGAACCUAAUGCUUGAUCCCCUUGUGUGCCUUCAUUUACCUAACAAACCCUAAUGCCACACACACAACCUUUUUUCAUGUCAUGGAAAAAAACUUCUCAACGUGAUUCUUGUCAAGCGCCACCCUUUGGGCUG